UCAAACCAAGCUGAGCUGGAAAGGUUCUGGUGCUAAGAUCGUGGAAAAUCCAUCGAAGAGUCUGUCGUAAAAAUUUAGAAAAAAAAGGAAAAAUCCCAAGUCAUAUUGUUUGUGCGUUCGAAUAAAAAAAAGAGAUAAUUUACGAGUGCCGUGCUGUGAGCGCAUAAUUGUAUGCAAGUGCAUAAAAUAGCCAACAGAAUAUAUCGCAAUCAAUUGGGGUGAGCCGAAUAAAUACACCCAUCGAUUGUUUAACCACUUGGGCAGUGUUCUUGAGACAUGCAAAAGUAGCCAGUGGAGUGUUAAAUAAAACAAAAAGUACGAAAAAAAAGUCACUACAACAACUACAACUAAAAACGACAACUUGCGAAACGUAUUUUUUCGAGUGUUUUUCUGUUUGUUUGCCGCCGACGACGACGAAGCCGCCUCAACAAAAGAACUUUGAUUUCCCACGAUUGUAACGAAUGAUUUGUAUGAAUUUGAAGGCAACCUUGGAGCUGAAAGGAUUAAGCAGUCGCAUACUUUACGAGCCCAGUUAUCCUACAAGGAAUAAUGCUCAGGCUUUUGCUGGUUCAUAUAAUAACGAUAUGUGUGCUAAUAACUUAUGUUAAGUCUGGUGUGCCAAUUGGAACCGGCGGACCUUCAAUUAUAUUGGAGAGCAAAGAUGCUCUAUUAACCUGCGUAGUCUCAGAUAAUUCCUCGAACAACACAGUAAUAUGGAAGAAGGGUGACGAGAUCCUGACCGCCGGCACAGUGCGGGUAACCAAGGAUCAUCGGGUGCGAAUCCUGCACGAUGAGAAUCCCAAGGGAAAGAACCUGGAGACGGGGGGAGAGGUUUGGGUGCUUUUGAUUAAGAGCCUCAAGCCCAGCGAUUCGGGGGCGUACAUAUGCGAACUCAACUCGGAUCCCGUGCUUCGCAGCAUUCACAUACUAACGGUCAAGGAGCUGCAUUCGUCGACGGGUGGCCCGGGAAAUUCCACGGACACGUCGACCGCGGAGUCGAGUGAUGUGUUCCUGCUGCCGCCGCCGCUGGAUGCGCAGGAUAAUCGCAGCUUUUGGAGGCCCAGCCAAGUGCCACCGCUGGUCACCCACGACUUCACCGAGUGUUGCGAGCGGGCCAAUGUCUCCACCCAGUGCAUGGGAUUCUGCAAUGUGCACAACAUCCUCGACGGCACCACGGGCAUCGAUCCGGAGGCCUGCGAACGGGACUUCCCCGGCAUUGUGCGCUGCAUGGCCGAUGGCCGCAACCAUGUGCCCUGCUGCGUGGACAAGCAGAUUCCGGACCUCUGUCAGGACAUGUGCCGCGGCGAGUACACUCCCUUCACGGACAAGCUGAAGACCCGCGUUUCCUGCGUUCAGCACACGCUGAGUGGGCUGCAGUGCAUCUUGAAGGGUGUGCAGUUGAUACCCAGCUCGCCCACCUUCGUGACGAUCGAGAAUGUCAGCGAGACGAGUGUUAGUGUGGGCUGGACUGCUCCCGACAAGCUGGCGGACCGGGUGACCGGUUACACCAUCAACCUGACUACUCUGCACAGCUUCGAUGAGGAUGAGUUGAGUGGCGAGAUUGUUCACCGAACGGCGGCCGAUGUCCCGGAAUCUAUUAGUCUUUACACAGUGCCCGCGAAUCAAACUCAAUUGGUACUCAACAACCUCAGCCCCCUGACCAUGUACGCCGUAAUUGUUACGGCUACCAAUGAAUUCGGAUCGAGUUUGCCCACCGAGCGGCUGAGAUUCUUCACCCACACCAGCGCUUCGGCGGCGGAAUCGCAGGCGGGAACAACGGACAAGCAGGCGAUGCCCCAACUUCCGGACACCCGACAAUGUUGCGAGGACAACGGCAUGACCCAUCGCAUGUGUCUGGACAAGAUGUGCGAUCCGCAGAAGACCGAUCAGGCCAACUUGCCCGAUUUUAUGGUCUGCGCCCCCUGGUCGAAUAUCACCUUCAACUGUCUGGCCAACAAUAUCGACCAUACGCCCUGUUGUCGCGCCAGGGGAAUUCCCGCGGCUUGCUUUCCCCUCUGUGCUGGCAAGCUGACCUCACUGGACUUUAGUUUGUUCAAAUGCCUGCGCUUCAUGUCCGAGUACAACAGCUGUCUGUUCCAGGGCUACGGCGUGCUGGCCGAUCCGCCGUCAAAGCUCCGGACGGUGGCCAAGACGGACAGCUUCGUGAUUUUGGACUGGAACAAGCCGAAGCGCCUGGCCGACACCGUCAGCACAUAUCACGUCAAGUUCCGACGGCUGGGAGUGGGUGAUGACUAUCUGACCGUGGAGAAGCGCCAGCCGCCGCUGAUUCUCGAGGGUCUGGAGUCGGACAUCUACUACGAGUUCUAUGUGGUCUCGAUAAACGCGUACGGCAAGAGCGAGGCCUCCCCGCGCCUGAUCACCCGGACAUUGGCGGCGGAGCCGGUCCAGCAGACGACCGCCAGAUACAACAUGACGACCUGCUGCCAGGCCUCGGGACUAUUGCCCCAGUGCGCCCCCCUGUGCUCCUACAACAUCCGACUGUCCGAUAUCGAGCGACUGGGUCCGGCUUGCCGAGCGCAAAUGCCCAUCCUGGCCCGUUGUGCAGCCGGAGGACGAGAUCACAGUCCGUGCUGCAGUCGCCGCGGAGUCAUUAACGCCUGCAUGCCCCUCUGCCGCGGCGUCAUGCCGCUCGCACUGACCACCAAAUCGGCAUCAGCCUCGGCGGCAGCAGCGGCAACAUCAUCAUCAUCCGCAGCAGCAACAUCUGCAGCUGCCACCAGCAACAGCAAUGCGGCAGCAGCAACAUCAUCAUCGUCGUCCUCAUCGGGAACGUCAAGCAAUGUGCCCGAUUGUUUAUCAUAUGCCGGCAACAUUCUGCAGUGUUUCGAGGAAGGCACACAGAAUAUACCAGGACCGCCGGAAGAUGUGCAUGCGACAUUCGUGAACCAGAGCAGCGUCAGUUUGGCCUGGACGCAGCCUGAUGUGGAUAGUGGCAACAGUAGUAGCGGUGGCAACGCAUCGCCAGGUGACUUGAUAACCGGCGAUGAACUGGCAUCUGGUGCCGUGGAUCCUGCUGCUGGAAAGGAUGUGGCAAAUGGCGGCGGCGAUGCCACAAGUGGGACAACUGGAACGGAGGAUAUUGAAUUCAUCGUGCAAUAUGGCAAAGUCAAUAACAUGACCAUGUACGAGACAGUUGCCAAAUUGGAAAAUGAAUUGACCACCAAUGAGACGAGUAUCGAUUUGACCAAUUUGGAUGCGAAUGCCUUGUACCGCAUUACGGUUGUGACGCGCGGCAAAUUUGGCACAUCGCUGCCGGCAUCCAUGCUCUUGCUGAAUACAACGGACCAACAACGGGCCAGCGAAGGUGACGCGGGGGAGGGCGUGGCCUGGGGCGCCCCCUCACCGCCCCACUCGCUGACGGUGGUGGCCCACAGUGCCACCUGGAUGCAGCUCACCUGGCAGCCGCCCGAGUACGCCCAUCCGCAUGAGAGGAUUACGUACAGAGUCUACCACAAGGCCAUGAGGGCCGAGCAAUUCAUAAAGAUUGAAACGAAGCUCGCCUGGCUGCGGAUGAACAACCUGAAGCCGAGCUCCCAGCAUGUGCUCUACGUGGAGGCUGUGGGCGAACGGGGCGACUCGCUGCCCUCCGAGACAUUAGUGGCCUGGACGGAUCCCGCCCUGCCCGCCUUCGUGGAUCCCCCCACUGUGCAUCCGGCGGACAACAUCCCGGAGGGCGGUUCCAUGACUAUCCUCUGUCUGGCCCUGGGCAACCCGGCGCCCACCAUCUCGCUCUACGUGGGAGGACAUCUGGUGCGGCAGGACACCUCGCGGCACAUGGUCACGGUCAUUCACAAUGUGUCGGCCGACAUGGAGCACGUCUCGUGCUAUGCGGACAACGGAUACGGAGUGCCCAUGCAGGCCACCAGGAGGGUUAACAUAUGCUAUCCUCCGAAAAUCCAAGCAGCUGGCAUUACCGUGGCCAGCAUUGGCGAUGAGAUCGAACUGCGUUGUACUGUCGACUCCAAGCCGGCGCCCAAGACAAUUUUCUGGAGGGAAAAGGAUGGCAGGGUGCCAGUCAUAAAUGGCGGCAACUACUUUAUAUCCGUUAAGGCCAAUGAAUCCCGGCCCUCGAUAUAUACGAUGUCGUUAAGGAUCAGCAAGCUGCAGGCCAACGAUGUCGGUGAUUAUUUCUGCCAUGCGGAUAAUCCCUUUGGGGCCACCACCGUGCCGGUAUCGGUGCGUAUACGCAAUACGCCGGCGCUCAAUCACAACGUUUCCCAGUGCUGUGCCGAGCAAAAUGUGACGAUGGCCUGUCGCAGUGCCUGCAGCUAUUAUGUGGACUUUGAUGCCAUCGCGGAUCGACCCGAGUGCAUUGUGGACUUUGACAAGCUGAUGAGAUGUGCCGCCGAUGGCUCAGAUCAUCGGUCCUGCUGUGCGGAUGAGCAUGUGCCCAGAAAGUGUCUGAAUUGGUGUCGCGGGGAAUCGGUGCGAUCCAAGGAGAUCUGCAGCUUGCAGUACGCUCGCACCAUCGUGGGUUGCUUUGAGAAGAAUCGCGAUCGAUUGCCGGGACCACCGGAGAACAUUGUGGUCAGUGUGGUAUCGGGCAGCGAAGUGAAUAUAAGAUGGGAUGCGCCGACAAAGAAUCCAAAUGCCGUUGACGGCUAUAGAAUAUUUUACCACGAGGCCGCCGCUAUGCCGCCAACAUCGAGUUCGAGUUCGGGUUCCGGCUCCUCGGAUCCCAGUUCAGCGAUGGAGAACCACGGCAUGGAUACCCUGGCCGCCAUGAAUAAUGCAACAAGUAUGGGCGGCGGCAGCAACAACGCGAUGGCAGCCCUCGAGAUACGACGCAUCGACGUAAAGGACACAACAAUAAGCAUUAAUGGCCUCAAGAAGGAUGUGCUCUACGAGUUGGUGGUGAAGGCUGGCAAUAGCUACGGUGCCAGCGUGCUCACAGAUCCGAUUAGGUUCACGCUCGGCGACCACAAUGAUGUGGUGGCCGCCGGAGGCUACUCGAGAGUCGUGGGCACCAUCAGCGGCAUUGUGGCAAGCAUUUUGGCCAUUCUGCUGGCGGCGGCGGCCAUUGUGUUCUAUCGCCGGCAGCGCUCCAGCUACGGAAAGUCCGCCAACGGCAAUGUGGCGUUCGAGAAUCCCACCUACACCAGGGGCCUCGAACAGGUGCAGCUACCCACUGUCACGUCAGCCAUCACGACGCAAAAUGGCAACCACCAUGGGAUGAGCAGCAGCAACAACAACGGCGGCAGUCACAGUCAUGGUCGUAAUGGCAUUGCCGCCACAAUGACGACAUCCACAACGACAACGGCCCCGACGGCAGCGGCAUCGGCCACCUCGGCAGGUGUCACACUCGCGGGGAACAAGCAGCAGCAGCAGCAGCACCACCAGCAGCAGCAACAUCAACAGCAGCAACAUCAGCAGCAGCAGCAGCAACACAAGAGUGCGGCAGAUGCGGCGCAUCACUUUCAUAGCCCGCUCAGCAAUACGCAGUGCAAUGAAGUAAAUCCCACAAUUUAUGAAGAGCUCAAACUUGGCCAAGAAGGUGCUGGAUUUAAGAAACUUGUGCCAUAAACGUAGCACAAUAAUAAUAACAACCACAGAGACAGACAAAAACAACAGCAACACAUGAACACAUGACAACAAAAACAUGAACGAAAACAAACCAAGUAUAGCUAGCGAACUUAUAUAUAUAUAUAUAAACUAUAUAUAUAUAGAAAUAUAUACGCUAAAUGUAGACAUAGGCCGUGUAAACAGCGCGAAGCGCAACCUCAAACAACACACACACUCACACAAACAAAAACAAAAACACAGACACUGACAAAUACAAGCACACACUCACGCACACGUAGACAGUGUGUACUGUGACAUCUUUACAGAAUGCAUUGCGAGAAAAAAAGUUGGGUAACAUAAAUUUUUGCUUGCAAAAAUCUUUUGGGUAGCGUGUAAUAAGUAAUAAAUUUUUAGUAUGUAACUGUGAUUCAACCAGAAAAAAAACAAAACAAAAACGAUGUAAAAUAAUUAACUAAUUGGUAAUGAAAGUAAGCAAAACUGAAAACUGAUUGAGAAAAAAUACCAAUGAUUAGUAAAAAUCUAUAUAUGCUAAA